GCCAACAUGAAGGGCUUAGUGUGGAUCUGCUGCUUCUUCUCACUGCUGGCCCUGGCCACACCAGACUGUGGUUUUUGGAGUUGGUGCCCUAUAGUGGAAUACUCAUAUGACUGCUGCAGCUCUUCUAUCAUGGAGAUCCCAUGACCUGCUGUAAAGAUGAGGAGGAGGUUGUGACGGAAUCCAUUUUGAGAGACAGAUCUCACAUUGAGGAGACGCUGAGACUGGCUACAGAACAGAAGUCAGGAGACUAUGCAGCUGCUCUACAGAGACUGAGGAAGAUCUACCACAAUUCCAUCAAGCCCAUGGAACAGGCCUACAAAUACAAUGAACUCAGGCAGCAUGAAAUCUCAGCCUACCCAGGACGCACGCUGGGCGACUCAGCCACAGAUGGAGAGAUCACUUCCAAACCCAUGGUGCUCUUCCUUGGCCCCUGGAGUGUGGGCAAGUCCUCCAUGAUUAACUAUUUACUGGGCCUUCAGGACACCCCUUAUCAGCUGUACACAGGAGCUGAACCCACAACCUCAGAGUUCACUGUGAUCAUGCAUGGUGAGAAGAUUCGCUCUGUAGAGGGAAUCGUAAUGGCUGCUGACAGCUCACGCUCCUUCUCACCCUUGGAGAAGUUUGGCCAGAACUUUCUAGAGAAGCUGGUGGGCAUUGAGAUGCCUCACAAGCUUCUGGAACGGGUCACCUUCGUGGACACUCCUGGAAUUAUCGAGAAUCGCAAGCAGCAAGAGAGAGGUUAUCCUUUCAAUGAUGUGUGCCAGUGGUUCAUAGAUCGUGCAGACCUAAUCUUUGUGGUGUUCGACCCCACAAAACUGGAUGUGGGCCUGGAGUUGGAGAUGCUCUUCAAGCAGCUGAAAGGUCGGGAGUCUCAGAUCCGCAUCAUCCUCAACAAGGCAGACAGCCUGGCAACUCAAGAUCUCAUGCGUGUAUAUGGUGCCCUGUUCUGGAGCUUGGCACCCCUCAUCAAUGUAACUGAGCCCCCACGUGUAUACGUCAGCUCCUUCUGGCCCUAUGAUUAUGCUCCUGACACCAGCCGUGACCUCUUCAAACGUGAGGAAAUCUCUCUGCUAGAGGACCUGAAUCAAGUGAUUGAGAACCGCCUGGAGAACAAGAUCGCCUUCGUCCGCCAACACGGCAUUCGUGUGCGCAUCCACAGCCUCCUGGUGGACCGUUACGUUCAAACAUUCAAGGAGAAAAUGAGCUUCUUCAGUGACCCCGAGCUGGUGUUCAAAGAGAUUGUAGCUGACCCUGACAAGUUUUACAUCUUCAAAUCUAUUCUGGCCAAGACAAAUGUCAGCAAGUUUGACCUGCCUAAUCGUGAUGCCUACCGUGACUUCUUUGGGAUCAACCCAGUGACCAGCUUCAAGCAGCUCUCAGCUCAGUGCUCUUACAUGGGUGGCUGCCUGCUGGAAAAGAUUGAAAGGGCCAUCACUGCUGAUCUUCCGGGCCUUCUGAGCAGCAUCAGCUCCAAUAAGAACCCAACCCUGUCCUCCUGUGAGGCUACUGGCUGUGGGGAGAAGCCCAAGAACCGCUACCGACGAAACUGAGAGAAGAGAGGGAGGAAGGAGGGGCAUGAAGCGUUAAAGCAAUGAGCAGCACUGAAAGAACAGCAGUAGAGGAGUGGUCGAAACAAACCCCGCCCCUGCCACAGGUCCGUCUCAGAGACAGAGGGGAAUUCUUUAAGGUUAGGUUACUUUAAAAGUGGAAAAAAGAAAGGGAUGGGGGACUCUGAUAAAAUGGGACUUUGGAGAUUUGGUCAUGGGUGGUACUAAAGGAGCCAUGAGGUGAAAAUAACGCGUUUACCAAAAUAAACCUUUCCACAUUUGUGUUUUUGGGCACUACAUUCAUGAACUGUCAGCAGCUGGGAGAGAAAAUGCCUACACACAAAAAAUAAAUAUCACAUAAAAAAUGAAAAAUAAAUCCUGAGACUGACAAAUUCAGUAUAAGCUACCUUGAAUGUGAAUAAAAAUACAAAAAAUUAAAAUUAAAUAAAUAAAAAUAAUAGCUGUCACAAUCUUGUUUGCAAGAUUUGUAAAAAAUCUACCAAGGAUGUAGUUUUGUAAGCAAAGUGUCUAUAAGAGGGAAAUGAGCAGGUUGGCUCAUGAUAACAAACAUUCUGUUUUCUGUUGUUGUUGUUGUGUUUUAGUUGUUGCCUUCUUUUAAUUUCUUUUCUUUUUUGGUGAUUUUGUCACUUAAAUAGAUUUAUACUUAGGAGGUGAUAUUUUUGUUGUAAGAUUCCACUUGGUUAAAAAAAAAAUUAAAAUUCACUGUGUUGCAUGUUAGGUUACAGUUGAUGUUAAUGGAUAUGGCAUCCAGUCACACAAUUUUACUUAUUCUUUCUACACAUACAUUUACAGUUUUUGGAACUGUAUAACUGUACACAAUUUUUGCUUUUCCAGGUGAAUCAUAUAGCUAUUCUAUAAUUGUCACUACAGGUCAUUUUAUUAGGAAUUCUUUGUUUUUGUGCUUUCUUGGUAAGAAAUCUCUUCCUUGAUUCAGAUUUAGUAUAACUUAGAUGUUAGAUUUGCUUUAGUCUUUCUUGCUCAUGGGAAUGUCCAAAUAACUUGACAGCAAUAAAAGUGUUUGUGGUCAUAAAACAGCCUGUUCUUUUGGUGAAGGAUCACUGUAAUUAAGAAUCAAAUUAGUUCUAAGGGCUCGUUCCUAACACAGCAAAAUAUGACAUGCCUAAUCUUCAUGCUGUUUUUAGCAUUACAACCCUGACUCCACUGAGCCACUGCAGGACUGGAGCAAGUGGUGAAAGCAGGCAAACUCUUGACCUCUGCCUGCAGUUAUUACUGCGUGAAAUAACCUCACAGUUUUCUGUGUAGGUUGAAUACAAAGAGACUAAACAGGCCUAUUUUUCCAGUUGAUGGCUCAUUAACUGAUCUGGUUUACUGAAAUGACUUUUGGCACCACAUGCAAUGACCUUCAGGUGUAAGAUUUUAUUUUUCAAUUUAUUUUUUACAGUGCAAUUGUUUUCCAGGCCAUGCCAGAACCUUACCCACAUUAUGAUAAUAAAGGUAAUACAUCAAAUCAAGGUGUCAUUGAUUUUCGGUAGGAGCCUAAUUAUAUAUUUCUUCUGAAGCAUCAAAAUUCUUGUUUGAUUUAUUUAUUUAUUUGACUUAAUGAAAGUGCUGUAGCAUGAAAUAUCCACUAGAGCGAGCAUUUCAUGUGACCUGUGUGUGCAUUGCCUACAGAGUUCAAAAGCCCCUAACUGUCUAUGACCCAGACUACAAUGUUCUGUUGUGUGCAUUUUUAAUUUCUCCUUGCAGUUUGUAACUAUUAAUAUCUAAUAAACUAAGCAAUGCCUAUGAA